CAGCUUGCGUUUCAUUGCUUAGUGAUGAGUCAGUGCCCUGAACACAGAGAGGACGGGAAGCUCUAUAUAAAUCCUCUGCAUCCCUGAGCUUACAGUAACUACUGAACUGUCUAGCAGUGGCCUGAGCACUUGUACACAGCAGAUUUGGUGAUUAAACAGUGUAACACAAUGUAUCUGUCCCAUUUCCUCUUCGCGGGACUCCUGCUAUGUCUCAGCGAUGCCAUACUCUCUCCAGAAAACAUGAAACAGCUGUCGGCAGAUGGAAGUAAAUAUAUCACUACUCAGUUUGAGAAUGCUCUGGAUGGUGUGAAGAAGAUGAAACUCUUAAUGGACAAGACAGGGCAAGAACAUCAGGAAAUCAUACACUCACUUGACGAAAGCAAGAGAAAUAAAGAGGAAGCCGCUAAACAAGCUCUAGAAACGGAGCAACAACUCUCGGAGGUGCAGGAAGUCUGCAAUGACACCAUGCUUGCGCUCUGGGAAGAAUGCAAGCCCUGCCUGAAACAGACAUGUGUCAAGUUUUACACCAAAACAUGCAGCAGCGGGUCAGGACUUGUGGGUCGUAGGUUUGAAGAGUUCUUGAAUAGGUCGUCUCCAUUUUCGGUUUUGUUUAAUGGAGAAAAACUAGAUAACCUUGCAAGAGAAGACGAACAGCAGCACCUGACCUUGGGAGACUUAGAAGAUGGCUACAGCAUUCUGGAGGGCAGCGUGGAUGAAAUCUUUCAUGAAAGCAUUAAAGCCUUUGAGCACAUGCAGUCGCUGUUUCCUAAACCAUAUUUUGGCAGACUUCGAGAACCCCAAAGGAAUAUAUUUCCCUUCCAGCGCCCCAGCUUCCCAAUUUCUAGUAUAUUAAUCCGCAAGGAAAGAUCUCCGCUCUUUGGUCCCUAUUUCUCUGGCAAUUUUGAAUCACUUUUUGAAGCAGCACGAAAAAUGAUGGAGCGAACUCAUGAGUUGUCAAGACAACAAGCUACAAUAUUUGAUGCUAAAGAUUUAUUUGAAGGAACUAGGAACGCUACAGAGGAUAAAAUGGUCUGUCGAGAGCUCAGACGCAAUUCGGCCGGCUGCCUAAAACUGCGUGACAAAUGUGAAAAAUGCAAAGAGAUUCUAGCAAUUGACUGCUCGGGAAAGGAUUCUGCACAGAAGUUUUUGCAAGAGAAGUUUGAGGAGUCAUUGCAAAUGGUGGAGCAAUUUACACAACAGUAUGAAGAUCUUCUUACAAAAUUCCGUGAAAAGAUGCUAAAUACAACCAGCUAUUUGGAAGAACUAAAUCAGCAAUUUGGCUGGGUGUCUAAGCUGGCUAACAUCACACAAAAUGACAAGAGCGGCAUUUUUCAGAUUUCCACGGUAUUCUCCAAAUCUACAGAAGGAGGUGACCCCACUAAUACCACAGUGUCUGUGAAACUCUUUGACUCAGAACCGUUCACGUUCACUGUUCCGGGAAAUAUUACUAUGGAUGAUACAGAUUUUGGAGAACUGGUGGCUGAAGAGGCGUUAAAGCGAUUUAAAACACAAAUCAUUGAAGCUGUCUGAGACAAUAAUUAAACUGAGCCUUUAACAAUGCUUCCUGCAGACCUUUUACUGAGGUUCAGAAUGCUGCAAUAAUACAGGAACUUAGACAAAACCUUCUGCCCUACACUGAAGCCAGUUGCUGAUAACUCCUCUUACUACUGUAAUCUUAAUGCAACGUUACUACUGUUACUUCCGUUUGCUUUUUAUUUUAUUUUUUUAUUUUUUUGUAGGGACCAAAAAUUGUAUGAAUAAUAAAGAUUGUUAAACACAAA